AUGUCUGACGCCAAACCUCCGCACAAAGGCUCUGUCCUCAGCAACCUUGACAAUUCUGCAGGUGCUCCGAGCCCUCCCGGCACACCACCGAACCAGGGCCUCUCUGCCUCUCCCGACGACAAGAUGGCUCUCUCCGAGUCCAAAGAGGGAGCAGACCAGCCCAUCAAUAACAAAGACGCAGAGCCUGAGGCAAAGAAGCGCAAACGAUCUCAACGGGCUUGCAUUCGCUGCCGCGGUCAGAAGCUCAAAUGUGACGGCGUUUUCCCCUGCGCACGCUGUCUCAAGCUCAAACUCGUCUGCAAAGAGCCUUCGGAAGCCAACGCAGGCACUCCCGCCUCCAACAGAGUCAACCAUGACGAUCGCGACCACAAAGCCAACACAGCUUCCUACGCUUCUUCCGCCUCCAACCGUGCCCCGUCUCAGGCCUCCGUCCAGCUCACCGCCAGCGGUCUCCCCUCCCUUGUUACGGCGCUGCCUCCCUGUUCUUCGACUCACAAUGACUCCGCUUUUGGGGAACGCCCUCGCAACGCAAACCACACACAGGCCGAUGCUCACCAUCCCGACCUUCGUCAUCCAUCAGAUCGCUUCAGAUACUCCCUGCCCGAUGCUGUGCGACGCAUUGACAACCUCGAGCGUACCGUCUCUCGUCUUCUUGAGAGGAUAGAGGGCCACACUAUCUCUUAUGACCGUAAUGGCGUCAACUCCUCAGCAAGAUCCUCUUCAGCUUGGUCCGCCGCAUCGCCUCAGAAGCCGGAGCGCAAGCGCCUAAGGGCCGAUUCCCCUGUCGACUCGGAUGCCGAAGUAGACGAGCUUCAGGACGGCGCUUCUGAGGCCAGCGUUCCUCUCCAGACUCCUUCGCAACAGGACGGAAGAAGCAGUCGCGACGGCCUCAGUGCCGUCGACGAACGUUCAGCCAUUGCUAGAACUUCCACUGACGCUGCCGCUCCCGUCUCCAGUCGACCGUACAGCAACGGUAGUCGGCACUUCACCGCCGCCAACAACCCCAUUGAGGCAGGCUUUAUCACGCUCGAAAUGGCUCAGACGCUUCUCGAAGUCUUCCUCACCUACUGUCACGUCUUUGCGCCCUUCCUCGAGUUCGAUGACAAGAUUAGCAUCCAAUCUCUCGCCGCAUCCGAGCCUUUCUUGCUCUCUGUGCUUCUCACCAUCGGAUCGCUAUACCAGGAUUCGCAUGGGAAAGGUGAGAUCGCCAUACGAUCCGAGAUCCAUGCAAGUUUGGCAUCCUAUGCUCUCAAUCAGCUAGGCUCCCAGCUCUUGCAUCCUGAACCCACACUUGGAACUGUCCAGGCCAUCCUCUUGAUUGCAUAUUGGCCCCAAGCUUUCCCUGGCUCUCCUGAUGAAAAGCUCCUGACCGGUUAUGCAGCCAAUCUCUUGCAGAGCGUGGCACAGCAAGCUCAACUCGGUGCCAUCAGUGGUCAUCGAGCCGCGUCGAAUCUCUCACAUCGCUUGCCAGCCCUCUGGGCCUCGCUCAAGGCUUUCGAAUCGAUUGCCGCCAUCGACUCGGGCAAAGGGAUGGAUUUGACCGACCACGAUCUCGUCAUGUCCAAAGUGCCGCGUCAGUCACGAAGCUCGAUCCCAACGCCAUACCUCGUUCGAGCCAUGCCAGUCAUCAAGGAGUUGCAGAUGUGGCUUGGCCAAGUCUCCUCGAACUCACCUCUGGCGCGAAUCGAUCUGCCUCCCCCGGCUGCCAGACCCAACCUCACGCACGACUGGGACCGAUUCAAAUAUCUUCAGUCUCAGCUGUUUGAUGUGGAGAAGCGCUGGCUUGCUUCGGAGACCGACUGUAGCAGACUUGAGCGUAUCGUUGGACUUGUCGACCGUUGGACGCUGCAGACCUAUCUCGCUGCGGUCGCACUCAAGUCGGCCGAGAUUGGUGGCCCAUCCAAGGCGCAUGGCGCGGAACGUGGUCCCGGCUACGAUUCAAGGUAUGAAGAGGAAUCUGCCAGGUUCGUAGCAGCUUAUAGACACGAUAUCCGCCAAGCUUGCCAGGUGUUGAUGGACAUCUUCACUGAUCCCGAGAUCAGCGAUGCAUUGCUCUACGCUCCCGGCUACCUACUCCGACGUUUCAGCCAGGCUGCAGUAGUCUCGGCGCAGCUCGUUGACUUCCACGACGCCGAGCCUGCUCGCGCCGCGCAAGAGCUCAUCUAUCUGUGCAGCAAGCGCUUCGAUCAGCUGGGUCACAUCGAUUUUUCAUCGUUUGCCGCCAACCUGUCGUGGUUUGUAAAGUCAAGUUACGAAAAAGUCCGGGGCCGCUCAUCGAGGGAUCAGCGUGAUGGCGUAAUUGGUUCUGAUGCACCUGACUCCAUCACAGCCCCUGAACGUCGCAGAUGGCUCGGAGCAGACCUGUUUGGUGUCUUCUUCGGCGUUGGCAUGAUGGCUAACCACGGAGCAGGUCUCGGGCUUGCUUCUUUCUAA